AUGGCGAUGGCCAAGCAGGGAAGAACCGGAGGCAAAAAAGACAGCAUGGUAACCAAUAAUUUAAUUAUGAAUAGCAAAGAAAACACGCAGCUUAGCAUAAAACUCGCAAGUCUUGAAAUUCAGCAAAGAAAGGAAAUGGCAAAAUGGGAAAGAGAGAAAAACAAACUUACCUUGCCGAGCCUCAAAGCUAACUGUGGAAGAGUUUCUCUUACACCGCCAUCUUCUCCAACAAGCUCUACAUUGCCUAGCCCUGUGUUAAGGCGACGAAAAAGCGAUGUUCCAGCUGGCAUCGCAACAUCAUCAAGAACCGAGGAGAGUCUCGUUUCAAAAGAACGUUCUCGUGGUAACCAGAACAUGAGCAUCUGCAGUGACAACGUUGGUUUACGCAGAUGCAAAUCCUCUCAGAAUAUAAGGCUUAGUGUUAGUCCUCAACCACCUCGCAGUGUGGAGCCUACAAGUCCUAAACUACUUCAAAGAAGAUCUACAAUGGGCCAAGCCUGCUUAUUCAAUGAGGGAGCAACGCGAAGCUGUAUUGACACAGGAAGACGAUUUUCAGCAGACGUUGUUCCAGUCAUCCGAAUUGAGGAUAGCGCAGAAGUGUUAAGUGAAAAGGUAAAGAAAUUCAACGAGGGUUUAAAAAAAUUCUGCAGUGAGGCUAACCACAACAAAUGCAAAGAAACUGAUACAAAUUCAGCCGACGAAGAUCAAAUUCCCAACGAAGAGUUAUCGAUUACCUCAAGGCCAAUCACUCACAGAUGGAAGUCAUUACCUAGUAUAUUUCCUCUGCCAGACGACGGCCAGAAAUCGAAUGAAAACAUGACUUUCUAUGAAGAUAUGAAAAGAUGCAAGUACUUAAGAAUCCCUGAUUGUCCCGCUUUAACCAUCGAGCAAAUCUUUAACAAAGAUACGAAGUAGGUGAUGAGCAAAUAGAUGCAUAUGGAAUGUCAUGAUCAUAUCUUUUGUCAGGGACGUGCUUCAUCACGGCUCUGUCAACUUGAAAUUUUUCGCCUAAAUUAGUGAGGCCUGUUGUUUGUAAACCAUGUUAAGCUCCUUCAUCCUUAAUCAUCUUAAUUCUGUUUAAAUUUCUUACAAACUCUUUUGUGCGUUUUUAUUUCAGCAACUUAUGGUUGAGUCAAUCCGAGCGUGUCCCUAUAUUUGGGGCAUUUGUCAGGCAUUUGUCGCGUCGUGUGUUCCCAAUGGUGGGGCAUUUAUCAUGAAAGGUCUUCCCAGGAGAAGGGAAUUUUUCCUUGUUGAAUUUGCUUGUAAUAUUUUGUACCAUUUUGAAAAAGGAAAAUCUCUUUCAAAUUAUAAUUGUAUGAAACUGGUGGCCCCAUCGCCGAUGAGCAUUUGCAGCUUUCCGAAAUGAUACUGCGGAAGGAUUGACGGGCAUGCUUGGAAUGGACUCAGUAAGCCAUUAAAAUUUUGUCGUAAAUUUACUUCAAUGUUAAUUGGUAUAUUGCAAAUUAAUUAUUGCCCCCGCGAAAUCCCAAGGAGGCACUCUACUAGUAACUCGCACGUAUAUUAAGGAAAGUACUUACAGUUGAAAUAUACAGUCACACAGUCAAUAUAGAAAAAAUCUCGAUUUGCUUGAACAGGGGCCGCGAGGAAUCGGUAGGUAAUGAUGACGUUUCUAUUGUUUGCGCCUGCAAGUACGAAAUGGUUAGGAUGACGUAA